UUUUAAAGGCACCCAGAAGACGGAGAGACGCCUGCGUGGCCGGCUACCUGUGUCCCUCCGGUGCUCGCAGGUGGUUGCGCUGCUGGGCAAUUGGCUAUGGUCGCUAUGCAAAUGAGCCGAUUAGGCUCUUGGUGAAAAAAAAAAAAGAAAAGAAAAGGGCUCUGCUUGGAAAAGGAGAAAGUUCCGACCAUUAGAGGGAGAUCUCCGAGCGGGCACGGGAGAUCUCCUCCUCCUCCUCCUCCUCUUCCUCCUCCUCCUGCUGCUGCUCCUGCACUCCAGCAGGCGCGGCGUGCAUGCCAGAGGAGAGCGCCGGGCGGGCGGGCGGGCGGGCGGGCAGGGCAGGGCACAGCCUCCUUCCUCUUCGCGCUCUCUCCUCCCGGGCACUCACCGCGCCAACCCAUGAAAAUGCUCUGGAAGCUGACGGAUAAUAUCAAGUAUGAGGACUGCGAGGACCGCCACGAUGGCACCAGCAACGGAACGGCCCGGUUGCCCCAACUGGGGGGCGUGGGCCAGUCGCCCUACACCAGCGCCCCUCCGCUCUCCCACACCCCCAACGCUGACUUCCAGCCUCCCUACUUUCCGCCCCCCUACCAGCCCAUUUACCCCCAGUCCCAAGACCCCUAUUCCCACGUGAACGACCCCUACAGCUUGAACCCGCUCCACGCCCAGCCGCAGCCUCAACACCCAGGCUGGCCCGGACAGCGGCAGAGCCAGGAGACCGGCCUUUUGCAUACCCACCGGGGACUUCCGCACCAGCUGUCUGGCCUGGACCCACGAAGGGAUUACCGGCGGCACGAAGACCUUUUGCACGGACCUCACGGCUUGAGCUCAGGACUAGGAGACAUCCCCAUCCAUUCGAUACCUCACUCCCUAGAAGACGUCUCGCACGUAGAAGACCCGGGUAUUAACAUCCCAGAUCAAACUGUAAUUAAGAAAGGUAAGCUGUUUCCUUUCGCAUUCCGAGCGUGUCCGCACAAGCCGGGCCCUGUUGCAGAGAGAGAGAGAGAACUUGCUGUCGCUAUUGUUUCCCUCCCCUCCUUCCUCUCCCCCCCCCCCCCCCCCGCUCCCGCUGUAAUUUACAACAGGCUUACGAAUUGAAGAUCCCUGUUGAAAUCAACCUUUUAGUUAUGUGUGAUUGUGUUCUCCAGCUCAGGGAGCGGUUUCUGCUGAAUCCCAAUGCGUGGCACACAACCACUGAUUCCCAGUUGCUGCAGUUGUGGUUGGCCUGGAAUUAUUAUUCACUGGACGCUCAGGCGGGCUGCGUUCUCUCUCUCUCCCCCCCCCCUCCAUCAGCCCCUCCCCAGCUUUCAACUUCAGGUUUAUGAGAUUGUGCUGCUGGGGUGUUUACGCCAGGAAGGCUUUGGGUGCGUCGGGCCAGCCAAGGUGGCGGAAGGCCGCUCGGCUGCUGUGAUCUUCUACUGCCGGCCACGGUUCCGUGG